CAGCCAAUAUCGCCCUCAACCCACCAACCGCAUUGCCAAUCAACGGCUUGCAUACGCCUCCCUCACACCCCCUGGCUUGCUUUGAGAGCCACAGAGUGAGCAACGCGUUGGACUGUGACCAUAUUCACUGUCGGCAACAACAACGCAAUAAGACAGCGCUUGUGACACGCCAUCAACCAGACAGCAGAAAGCAAGCAGCGAGCAGCCCAUUCCCCGAUUGUUUCUUGUGGCGCGGUUCUGCCGCGUGAUCGUUCUCGAUCCUUGUCGUUCUUCUUCUUCCUCUUCGUUCUUGCUUGGAGGUAGAGUCGGCGUGUCGUUUCCCAUUUUGCGAGAACUAUGUCAACACUGGCCAUGUCGUGCGCGUCUGUGAAGCGAACACAUGAUGGCCCCAUUCCAGAACCACAGGCAGGCAUGAGCGACAUGUCGCUCUGGGAUUCCCCGCAACAAACCAAGAAGUGCCGCAUGAUGGCGCCUCCAAAGGAAUAUGUUGCAGUGAGCCCAGACACAGACAGAUUACCGAGGAAGCGUGUUGUUCACAGAAGGCCCUUGCCGCCAGCCAUGUGCGACAAGACACAGAGCAGCGACGAUGAUGAUGAUGAUGCCGAGAGUAAUGCGAGCGAUAAUGAGAACGGCGGCCUGCACAACAUGGACGAUGACGACGAUGAGCCAAAGCGCACACGUGUCAAGCACCGCCACUUCAACUGCCAUGGACGCCAGUCCAGCAUCCAUCAGACAUCGUUUGUCCCUCGCUCCGACGCAGAACCAGCGGAGCGGUUUAUCCUUAGCGAAGUCAAGCGCAAGAAGCGCUUGCAAGUCAAGGAGGAGCUCUCAUCGUUGCCAACAUCGAGCGAUGCGCCAGCACCGUCCCCACGUGUCAAAUUCACCGUCAAGCAGGUCAAAUCCAUUGUGGAGAAAGCUGUGCGUGCGCGGGAGACAGAGCUCAGAGAAGAGUUUGCUGACAUUCUUGCACGAAAGCUUGAAGAGCAAUACCACCAGUUUACAAAGUACACACAGGACUUUGUCCAUCAACGGCUACAGCAAUCCCAAUUCAACUACAUGUCGUGACGCGGCACUAGUGCACCCCCACUUUUGUGCAUGUUUCACUGCUAUUGGUGUUGACGACAAACUCGUUGGCGUUGUUGUUGUCGUCGUUGUUAUUGUCGGUGUGUGAGAGCUUUCUUAGGAUCCCUAACUCUAUGCCGUACCAAGCAAGCGGUUGUGUGGUGUGGUGUGGUGUGGUGUGGUGUGAUGUGCUGCACGAUUGACACCCACAACCACCGCCGCCGUUGUGCCUCUGGUGCGUCUCUCCAGUAAACAGUCUUCUAAUGAA